UAAACUUUGAGUAAUCCUGUAUCUUUUACUAAACAGCUUAUUUUAUUAUCUUGGAACCAACCAUGGCAUAACCGAAUUCCUCUCUUUCGCGGCUCUUUGGCCAUGGAAGCUCUGCACAUGAUACAGGGACACAUACUCCCACUUCGUCCCUUAUCACAAUUCCAACCAGACACCGACAAAAUUCGACGCAGCCUUAUUCAAAAAGGUGUCACUCCUACACCUAAAAUCAUUCACACUCUCCGCAAGAAACAAAUCCAAAAACACAACCGCAAACUCAAUCGACAAAACCAACUAAACCCACCACUCUCUAAAUCUCAAAAACAAACGUUAGAGGAGGAACAACACUUUCAGGAACUCAAACAUGAGUACAAACAAUUUACACAAAAUUUGGAGGAAAAUCAAGGAGGGAAUAAAGGUUUGUGUUUGAUUGGGAAGCCAUGGGAAGGGGUUGAAAAAGUUGAUUUUUUGGAGAGAAUUAAGGUGAAUUAUGAGCACAGAGGAGAGAAACUUAAGAGGGAGAGUUUGAUUGAGUUGAAGGAAAUGUUUCGUGAGAGAAAAAUGGAUGAAUUGAAAUGGGUUUUUGAGGAUGAUAUUGAAAUUAACGAGGUUUGGUUCGAUGAAAAUAACAAUGGGAAAAGGAAAAAGACGAGUAAGCGAAGUGAGGUUCAGGUUGUGAGGUUUCUUGUUGAUAGGUUGUGUGAUAAGGAAAUUAGGGCUAAGGAUUGGAAAUUUUCGAGGUUGAUGAAGCUGUCUGGAUUGUCUUUCACGGAGGGUCAGUUGAUGAUGAUUAUUGAAAUGCUUGGUGUUAAACGUUGUUGGAAGCAAGCUCUAUCUGUGGUUCAAUGGGUGUACAAUUCCAAGGAUCACAGAAAGUUUCAAAGCAGGUUUGUUUACACAAAACUUCUUGCAGUUCUUGGGAAGGCAAGAAGGCCGAAGGAAGCCCUUCAAAUUUUCAAUAUGAUGCUUGGAAAUAUUCGUGUAUAUCCUGAUAUGGCUGCAUAUCACAGCAUUGCUGUUACACUUGGUCAAGCUGGUCUUCUGAAAGAAUUGCUGAAUAUCGUGGAAUGCAUGAGGCAGAAACCUGAAACGUUAAAAUAUAUGUAUCGCAAGAACUGGGAUCCAACUCUUGAACCUGAUGUGGUUAUAUAUAAUGCCGUACUUAAUGCUUGUGUUCCAUCAAAGCAGUGGAAAGGUGUGUCAUGGGUUUUUCAGCAAAUGAGGAAAAGUAGCCUGAAACCUAACGGAGCAACUUAUGGACUUGCAAUGGAGGUAAUGCUGCAAUCGGGCAACUACGACCUUGUCCAUGAGUUAUUUGAAAAGAUGCAGAGAAAUGGGGAAGUUCCAGAAGCCCUUACAUACAAAGUGAUGGUAAGAACUUUCUGGAAGGAAGGUAAAGUUGAUGAAGCUGUGAAAGCUGUCAGGGACAUGGAAAGAAGAGGCGUUAUGGGAACAGCCAGUGUUUAUUAUGAGCUAGCAUGUUGCCUUUGCAACUGUGGGAGAUGGCAAGAUGCUACUCUGGAGGUUGAGAAGAUAAAAAGACUUCCUCAUGCUAAACCUUUGGAGGUUACUUUCACCGGCAUGAUUAGGUCAUCCAUGGAUGGUGGGCACAUUGAUGAUUGCAUAUGUAUAUUUGAAUAUAUGCAAGAUCACUGUGCUCCUAAUGUAGGGACCGUAAAUACCAUGCUGAAAGUUUACAGCCAGAAUGACAUGUUUUCUACGGCUAAAGUUUUAUUCGAGGAAGUUAAGGUUGCAAAGUCAGAUUUACGACCAGAUGCAUACACAUAUAACUUGAUGUUGGAAGCGUCUUCCCGUGGACACCAGUGGGAAUACUUUGAGCAUGUGUACAAAGAGAUGAUUCUUUCGGGUUAUCAUUUGGAUCAAAAUAAACACUUGCCAUUACUUGUUAAAGCUUCAAGGGCUGGCAAGUUGCAUUUACUGGAGCAUGCAUUUGACAUGGUUCUUGAAGCUGGAGAAAUCCCUCACCAUCUUUUCUUUUUUGAAUUGGUGAUUCAAGCUAUAGCUCAACAUAAUUACGAACGAGCCAUCAUCUUACUCAGCACCAUGGCUCAUGCGCCAUACCGAGUAACAGAAAAGCAAUGGACAGAGCUGUUUAAAGAAAACGAAGACAGAAUCAAUCAUGAAAAUCUGAAGCGGUUGUUGGAUGAUCUUGGUAACUGUAAUGUUGUAUCAGAAGCAACCAUCUCGAAUUUAUCAAGGUCAUUGCAUGAUCUAUGUGGAUUAGGUUCAUCGAGAAACAUCUCAAGUAUCAUCCCUUUUAGAAGUGAAAAUGUUGAUUGUCUGAAUGAGACAAUUAAUGGUGGUGAAAAUGGAAAAGCGCCAAAUUUUUCAGGGAGAAUGAUGAUUGAAGGUGCUGAAUCUGGGAAUGAUAUUCUUUUUGGUGGUGAUCAAGCUGAACCUGAUAUGUUCACAUUUAACGAUGAUCAAGUCGACAGAGUAAACAAUAAUGAUGUGGUGGUUUGCAGGCCACAAAACCGUGUUAUUGAAGAUAAAUCAAGUUUUUGUGUUGAUAGACCGGAAUUUCUUGAUCGUUUGACACUUGACAAGUCUUCAGAUGAUUCAGAGGAUGAGCUAUCAGAUGAUGAAAGUUAUGAAGACGAUGAUGAUGGUGAUAAAGAAGUGAUUGAUAAGCCUUCAGCAUAUCAAAUAUUGGAAGCGUGGAAGGAAAUGAGAGAGGAGGAUAAGAGUUUGUUACACUCUGAAAUUGAUUGUGGCUAGUCAUUGCAAGUUGUUUUAGUUUGAAAUAUGCUAGCUGAACAAGGAAAUUACAUGGACGAGCUUAUUUUGAUAUCUGCAAUAAUGUUGUAUUGUAAGUGAUUGGAUAAGGAGGACUCAACUAAAACGUGUAAAGUUCAAAAUGAUUUCUUUUACUCAAGGUCAAAAUGUUAAAAAGCAUAUUAUUUUAGUAA